GUCCAUGAGUGCGCUUGUUGGCACUUUUAAAAAUUUGCAUACUAACUAGCAGUGGGAGCGGGAGUCGCUUCUUUUGAAUUAUAUUCUCUUCGCUGUCAGAUGCGUGCUAGGGGUUAACGCUAGCUGGACUUAGCUGGGUUAGCGUUGCCUUGCUAACUCAAGUGAUGUGUGUGUGUAUGUGUGUGUGUGAAAGAGGGAGUGUGUGUCUGUGUGUUUUGAGUCAAGUGGCAAUCAGUCAAGGAAAUAUCCCUUAACUGUUAACAAGGUUCCCUCAUGAAAAACUGAGCAGCAUCUUGAUGGUUCAUCUGCCCCAGCCCAGAGACCGAUGUCAAGUGUUUUAAUGGCCCUCUCACUGUAAAAAACAAAAUAAAACACCAUCUUCAAUGGAACAGCAGAACCAUCUCAGAACAUAGCCUUCUUUGCACCAAGAGAACAUUUUGAGGCGCUUCUGAUUGACACAGGUGGAACAAUGAAUGAGGAACCACCUAAAAGCCCAUCAUCGGGCGUAGAGCCAAAGGAAGGAGAUGCGGAACAAAGCACAGAGAAGAGGAACAGCGAGGCAGAAAGCACCUCCGAGGUUGCAUCAACACAGGAGGCCAUGGCACCCUCACUGGAACCUGAUAAAAAGGAAGAUGCCUUCACGGAUUCUGUGGAAUUGGCCUCAGGAGAGGCAAGUGAGGGAGCUAAGGCACUUGCCGGUGAGCCUCCCAUGGACUGGUUCGAGCCCCUCGAGGAUGAUGAUGAGGCAGAAAGCUGGGAUUUAGCUGACGCUGACCAGCACUUCAAUGGUAAAAAGGACCCGGAGGAAGAGAGCCUGGCUGGAGAGAGUGAAAAGAGUGGGAGUGUGGCGAGCGGCGAGAGAACCUUCAAAAAAAUUUACCAGCUGAAUGUUCACAGGCGUAAGCGAUCACAUCCUGAUGAAGGUUGGGUUGACUGGCCUGCGCUUGGAGAGGGCUGGAGGCGCAAAGAGGUUGUCCGUCGCUCAGGUUCCAGUGUUGGCCAGAAGGAUGUUUAUUACCUAAGUCCACAGGGUGACCGAGUGAGAAGCAGAGUUGAAUUAGCAUCAGUGCUGGAGGGCAUUUUAGACUUGUCAUUCUUCGAGUACAAGACAGGAAAGUUCUACAAUGGUGACGCACCGCUCCCAAGAGGAGUCAGAAACAGAGGGAAGAGGAAGAUGCGGGAACGUUCCUCCUCAGAGUCCAGCAUGAUGGAGAGAGGAGAGGGGGCAGACACUCCUGACUCACACCACAGGCUCACCCCGAGUCUGAGCUCCAAAGUCAGUAACACCAACCAGACGCUCAUUCCACAAAACUUUCCAGGCACUCCAAACUACGGCCCUCAGGAUGAAGAUGCGAUAAAGGAGGACAAAAUAAAACUUCCCCACAUUGCAUCAUCGAGACCGCUACCCUCUAUCAAUGGAGAAAUUGGGUCAGAAGACACCUGUCUCAUCUGUGCCAAGUGUGGUAUUUCGUUUACAGGGACAUGGUAUGACAAACAGAGGAAGAAGCCCUGCUGUCCUAGUUGCUGGGCCACAAAGACGAAGGAACAUCCGAUGGUUCGUUUCAGAAAGUGGAUUCCUUGUGGGCAGUGUGUAGCUUGCCAUAACACAGUGAACUGUGGGCAGUGUGCCAACUGCAAACAUGGACUGCAGAGUCCCGAGUCCCGAAAACGCAUUUGCAGGAAACGCAAAUGUAUAUGUCCCAUCCGCAAGGGCCCUGGAACUAGAAACUUCAUUCAGCAGAGGCCUCUUAAUGACGCUCCUGAUCUUUUUGAGGACACUAUGAGUUUCCAGAAUGAAGUUAUCGACUCAGAGGCACCAAGUUAUAAAAACAGCGACACAGAAGACUUCUCGGUGAACGUGGAUGUUGACGACGAAGAUGACUUGUCGACUGAUGAUGACGAUGAUUGGCACAAGAAACGGAAGCGACGCUCUUGUGGGAAAUGCAAAGCGUGUCUCUGCAGGAAGGACUGCGGCACAUGUGAUUUCUGUAUAGACAAGCCCAAGUUCGGUGGCAGCAAUAAGAAGAGGCAAAAGUGUCGUCUGCGUCAAUGUCAGAGGCAGGCGAUGAGACACUUGUUGCCCUUUCAGUUGGGCCAGGCAGAGUAUGGGACCCCAGAUGGCAUGAUGCCAGUGGGCAGGCCUCGACCUCACUACACAUACAGCCGGAAGACAUUCUCGAAGAAAAGCAGAGCGCCACCCCUCGGCUUGGAGUUUUCUGAUGAGGAAGAUGACAGCAGCUUGAACGCAAUGAAUUGGACCUCUGAGCCUACCAGCAAACUCACUUAUGAGCUGAAUUACAGACAUCAGCAGUCAUCCAUACAGAUGAAUAAUUUGGAUGUUGGACUGCGGAAUGGGCUGCCCGACAGAAUCCCCAACACCAGUAACCACAACAGCUCCCAAUUAAUCCAGGACCAGAUAGGCAGGUGGGACGGCGAAAAAUCAAGCACAGGCAAAGAUGGUGAAAAUCACACUGGAGAAGAGGUGGAAGAGGAGUUGCCCAUGAUUACACGAAUCUUCAGUUUGGCUGACAAUCCAGUCGGGACUGGGGUGGACACAGAAAACCAGCUGCUCAAGCUGCUGGAGGCUCUGCGUUCUUCUGCACUGCCCAUCCUCUGGUAUGCCAUCGUGGUGGAGGGCCCGCAGCUGCAGCUCAUCCAGUGUGCUAAACAGUCCAGCAUGACUGACACCAUGGUGCUGAUAGACCCCGGCUUCUGCUAUCAGGUGACUGUCCAAAAGCAGCCACUGCUCCUCACCCACCCGUUGUACGACGACCAUCCGACACACCUAACCUCUGUGACUGAAGUGGUCAAUCUGCUUUUGGACUUGGAGAGGUACAUGGUGUGCCAGGGACUGCCCCCACAAGACUUGUCAGCUAACAAAGGGCCAAUCAUCCUGGAGCGGGCGUCGACAUGUGACUUUUUGGUUAAGAAAAAUGUCAGCAUCUGUAUUAACUGCAGAGCCCUGUGUGGGCAGUAAGUAGCUCCAGCAGAACUGCGGAGACAGGAAGAAUCUGUGACCACAUUGGAGUCUGUUAAUCUUUGGGUGCCACUUAAGACUCUUAUUGGUUUGUUUUUCCUAUUUUUUUAACAGGGAUGCAAAAGAUGGACUACUUUUUACACAUUUACCUCUGAACUGUAAUAAUAUAAUUUGAUUAAAGAUUCACCAAAGGCUUUCCCCAAGCAAUUACAUUGUAAUCACCUAGAGUGGUGAGGCCUCUUAGAUUUUUUUUUUUCUGCUAGAUUGUUUUAGGAUGUUUACUCAUAAUAGACUGUAUGUCAUCGGUUUUUGAUGUAGAGCUCCCUGGGCUGACUGGUCAACUAUUUGGUUGGUAUGGUGUUUUUUGAUUCAAAGGUUUUGCUUGAGGAAUUGGUUUAUUUCUCUCUCCCUCUCUUUUGAAACAAAUGCGCAACAAAAAGUCCCAGCAUUUACCCAGCAAGUUGUCUGUCUCAGCCCAAAAAUCAAAACCUUUUCAGAUCACCAAUAUGAAUCACUGAUCUUUUUGCUGCUCCAGUUUCAAUUUCUGAAGUCUGGUAGCUGCACAAAAAAAAAAAAAAAAAAAAAAAAGGAAAGAAAAAAGCUUAAUUCUGUUAA